CCGAAACCGCCAGUCGAAGACUAGCAACGUUCGCGUGCAGGCACCACUCUCUUGAGCGCUCCGAGCAACCAAAGUUUGUGAAACCGGUCCCAGCGGCAAUAUCGAUAAGAACACGCAGCCCCAGUGAAAGGAAGACUUUAGAAGCGAUUUCUACAACACCAAGAGCAACAGAGUUCGAAAUGGCCCUGGCAGAGAGCACCACCAAGACGGAGAUGACGCUGACCGAAACAUCGACGCCCGUCAUUUCGAAGGAGGUGAUCGUCGAGAAGUCGUCCGAGGGUGUGUCGGAGAAGAGCAUCACCCAGUCGAAGAGCUACGGUUCGGCGAGCGAGAAGUCGAUGGUCGAGGAGACGGCCAACUCGAUCACCAAGAAGCAGGAAAAGUCAGAAUCGGCGUUCGCGUCGGAGCGCAGCGUCUCGGAGAUCGUCUCCGACAAUGGUGCCCUCGCGUCAUCGCUCCAGUCCUCCUCCUCCAUCGUCAGCUCGGUCACCAGCAGCAAGGUGGUGUCGUCCUCGUUCAGCUCGUCGACCUCCUCCUCGAUCUCAUCCUCGUCGUCGCUCAAAUCGACCUCCUCGUUCGAUUCCAGCUCGGCCAUCGACGAGUUCUUCAAGAACUGAGCGGGGCGCAGCCCUUCUCCAAGAGAGCAGAUCUUUCCAAUGUGAUCAUCUCUUCGUCUGAUGCCUUUUCUUUCAUUUCCAACGCACAUUCUCAUGAUAUUAUUUCGCGCAUCGCUUCACGGCCACAAACCACGGAGGAGUAGUUAGUUGUUGCGGAAGUGUAGGUGCGCAUGGCUCGUGAUGUCGAGCGACAUGCACGACUCGAGCACAGCUGACCGGUGCCAUAAACAUUCAACUUCCAAACAUCUCUCUAGCAUCGACAAAUCGUGUUUUGAAAUAUCGUAAGAAUAAUAAAACAAAAAAAACCCAUAUGACCACCGAUGGUUGGCGGGA